UGAAUGAGUAAUUGUUGACAAAUAGGAGUCAAUACGUGUUGACAACGAGUGAUGAAAUCUAAAGUGCUUUUCAUUUCUUAAUUCAAUUGAUUUUAAGUUAAUUUUGAUUUAAUUAAUAGUGAUUUUCAUACAAAUUGUUUUGUACUGAAAGUGAAUGGAAGAGAAGGACAGGGAAUCGAUGGAAGCGCUCGAAGAGAGCGACGAAUUGCGGGCGAAGAGGAAGAUAAUUGACGCCAAACUGAAGGCCAGACCCGAGCUGACGGACUGUAAUUCGUGGACAGCAAACAAAUUGAGUCAAACGUUUGAUUUGUCGGUCAAUGCCUUUGAAGACAAUGUGGAGAGGAUUGACACGAGAGAUGUCAGACCCGAACAGUUCGUCGAGAAGUACGAGAAGCUGUACCGUCCGGUCGUCAUCACCGGUGCCUCCGACCAGUGGAGGGCUUGUCAUAAGUGGACUCUUUCGCGGUUGGCGAAGAAGUAUAGGAACCAAAAGUUCAAAUGCGGUGAAGACAAUGAGGGAUAUUCUGUGAAACUAAAGAUGAAAUAUUUUGUUUAUUAUAUGCGAAACAAUUCAGACGACUCUCCGCUCUAUAUAUUUGACAGCAAUUAUGGAGAACACUGCCGAAAGAAGAAACUGUUAGACGACUACACGAUUCCCGAGUAUUUUAGCGACGAUUUGUUUCAAUACGCGGGCGAAGAGAAGCGCCCGCCUUAUCGCUGGUUUGUUAUGGGACCCGAACGGUCGGGCACUGGCAUUCAUAUCGACCCGUUGGGCACAAGUGCCUGGAAUGCACUCAUUGUUGGCUACAAACGGUGGUGUCUUUUCCCGACCAAUACUCCCCGCGAACUCAUUAAAGUAAAACCGAGCGAAGGCGGCCGACAGAGCGAUGAGGCCAUCACUUGGUUUAAUGUGAUUUACCCGAAGACUAAGUCUCCCGAUUGGCCCCAAGAGUUCAAACCGUUGGAAAUCUUACAAAAAGCUGGCGAAACGGUGUUUGUCCCGAGCGGGUGGUGGCAUGUGGUCAUCAAUCUGUCCGACACCAUAGCUGUCACACAAAACUUUUGCAGUCUAACGAACUUUCCGGUGGUUUGGCAUAAGACAGUCAGAGGGAGACCUAAAUUGUCCCGAAAAUGGCUUUCAGUGCUGAAAGAGAAGUUCCCAGAAAUAGCGGCCGUCGCCGAGAGAGUCGAUUUGAGUGAAAGCACUGGCGUUGCGUCCGAUAGUUCCAGUGACGACAGCAGCAGUAGUUCCAGCUCUGACUCUGAGUGCUGUUCCAGAUCUGGUCACUCGGGUUCGGCCACUGAUAACGAUUCCGGUCAGGAAAGCAUCGGAAAUAAAAAGCACAGAAGAAAAAGACACCGGUCUGUGAGUCGUUCCUACGAAAGUGAUAGCAAUAGACAUCAGAAACACAAGAGUUGAUGAAAGUAAUGAUUAAAAGUGCCAUAAAUUUUAAUAAAUAUUUAGUAUUUAAUUAAUUUCGCGAAAUGUAUCCGGAAAUG